GUCGCUCUUCGAGGCGUACUUUAUAUCGUACCUCAUACCUCGGUUAAGCUGCCCCUUUGGACUGAAUAAAGCGUAGAUGUACAAAAUGUAAAGAUUGUUUGCAAGGCCCAAAGAAUUGACUUUGGCAUAAACUAUGAUAUUAGCGAAUUUAGUUACCUGCGCGACUUCAAGCUAGUCUCAUCGAAGUACGAAGCUUUCCUCGGUUCUUCAAGUGGGACUUCAAAGACGUCUUUUUCCACAAACUCACUGCACAUAGAUAGUCGGCGGCCUUAAACAUUACAGCACAAAAUAAAAAUAAAAAUAAAAAUAAAAAACCGUUGCAAGCGUUACAAUUUUGAAUUCUGUGUUCUAAUUUUAGCAAUUUUACAUACCACCUUUGACAAUGGUAUAAAAAAGAAAAAAAUAAAAGUUUAGAAUGAGAAAAUUAUUAUCAUUGUAAUUUUUAUAAAAUCAAUUUAAUUUGGAUUUAAUAUGCUUAGGCUUACAUUCAAAAAAAUGCAUCCUAAAUUUUUGGUAUCAAUAACUGUGUUAAGUUUUUGUUGCACCUUGAAUGCGGGCAGUUUGGACUCUACGACAUGCCAAUUAAAAAAUAAUUGUGCUCUAGAUGAGAAAUUAAUUGUUAAAGAUUCAAGUGUUGAUGAAAAAUUGGAAAAGAAAAUCACUUCGAUAUUUGAGGAUAAAGUUAAUUACAGUUUAAAAUUGUCGUAUCAAAGUGAUGAGAUCGAAGAGGGUCGCAUUAUUGGUUACACUUCGAUUGCAAAUUUGACGCAAUUUAAAAAACUGACCGACAAAGAGACUGAAGAAGAAUAUGAAAUUCAAGAAAAAGAAUACCUCAGGGCGAUUGGUGAAAGAUUUAUGGGACUAGCUCGUCCAUUUGAUGCAUCAAACAGUCCGUCAGCUUCAGCAGCUUGUCGAAGACAUACGCGUGCAUUUCUCGAAGGACUUCGAAAUUUUGAUCUUUGGGCUAUAAAAAUGCACGAUGCUACAGGAAAAUUGACGUCCGGAAUUCUUAAUGGCAAUAUUAAUCAAUAUGGUGAUUUCGAUCAGUGUUUAAAUACCAAAACCCCAGCGGGAAAAGAUGAAUUUCAGGGACAAUAUUGCCUAGCAUACGCCCAACCCAUAUGGUCACAUAAAUCCAAGAAGCUGAAGGAAUUUUUCGAACUCAUUCAAUCCCAUAGUCCAUUUCGAAACGAAUUCAAUGACCCGGGACAUCGUGUACCACGAUAUAAUAUAAUUAACUGGGGAAUAUGUGUACCAUCUUCCUGUAAGCCACAAGAUGUUGAAUAUACUGUUAAGGAAUUCCUAACCAACAUGACAAUGUCAACUGGAGUUUCAUUCAAAGUACGAGUCGAACCCCAACAUUGCCAAAUAAAACAAAAUCUUCCCUGGGAUCGAAGCACAAAAUUGGCUGUACAAUUCUUUUUAUGUAUGAUUUCGAUUGCUAUUCUAUCAACCAUCUACGAACUACGAUCCGACGGAGCUAAACAGAACCAAUGGUUUACAGCGUUCUCUCUUUAUAAAAAUACUAAAUCACUCUUUAGUACAACAUCAUCUCCAGAUGACAUUGAAGCUGUGCAUGGAAUUAGAUUUCUAAAUGCAAUCAUGCUGCUUUUGUCACACAAAUCAAUGGCGGUAUUCUUUAAUGCUUUCAAUAAUAGAACGGAAAUGGCUGAGAGCCUUGGACGACCUUGGACGGUGAUUGGCAGAGCAGCAUCUCUGUACACUGAUCCAUUUUUAAUGUUUAGUGGAAUGUUAACAGCUUAUUCGCUAUUUGGAAGACUUUUGAAAGGACAACCCGCUCGUCUUAAAAAUGAAUAUAUUGGCAGACUCAUGAGGAUUGUGCCACCAUUGGCAGCACUUAUAAUCUUUUGCACAUUUAUCCUUCCAAUGUGGGGAUCCGGUCCACAAUGGAAUCUUGUUGUUGGCCAUCAUUCAAAUAUUUGUAAGAAAAACUGGUGGAGGAAUCUUUUGUUUAUACACAAUUACUUUGGAUUUGGUGAAAUGUGUUUGACUCAUACCCAUCAUCUCGGUAUCGACACUGAACUUUUUGUUGUGGCACCGCUGAUGAUUUUCUCAAUUUGGAAGUGGCCGAGAGGCGGAGUUAUUGGACUUACAUCACUGGCAAUCAUUGGAACGGCAGCUAGAUAUUACACAACAGUUGUAAAUGAGCUUUCAAACUACGUUUACUUUGGAACAACAAUUCAAAGACUAUUCAGGACAGCAGAUUAUAUGUACUCUUUCCCACCUCACAGAUCGACAGUGUACAUAAUUGGAAUUUUCCUUGGUUAUGGACUGAGAAAGCUCCGAGGUAUCAAUCUUACAAACUCCCAACUACGAAUUGGAUGGACUGUUGCCGUAUUCUGUCUUCUCGCUUCUCUGCUUGGACCUGCUCCAAUGGGUGACAUGUCCUACGUUUACAAUUCCACACAUGCGGCAAUAUACGCUGCCUUUGCACCAGUAGCAUGGUGCUUCUUCUUCGCUUGGAUUGUCUUUGUGUCUCAUAUGGGAUACAAGAACCAUCUGACGAACUUCUUUUCAUGGAAGGGCUUCCAAGUGGCGACAAAGCUGUCGUACGCCAUCUAUCUAACCCAAUUCCCCGUUUUCUUCUUCAAUGUCGGACGUAGACGUCACAUCCAUCAUUACUACAAUUUCGUGUACCUUAUGUUGGACACCAAUGAAUUGAUAAGCAUAUUCGUAGCGUCGACACUUCUAACCCUCUUCUUCGAUAUACCCUUCCAAAAUCUCAAAAAACUUAUUUUCAAUCGAACACCAAAGAGUAAAAAGUCCGAAAUAACCUGCCAGAAGCAAGUCUGUGAUCAUUCAAUAAACAAUAACGAACUAAACUCAGACUCGUUGAAUCAAGAGAGUAUCCAAAGCAAAGUGCAUGCCGAAUAGAAAAUUAAUUGAGUUCAAGGCGUCGCACAAAUUAAGCCACUAACGCUUAUUUUCUUAGUAUUAAAUUAUUUCAUAUUUAAGGUUUUAAACAAAAACAAAUCAUAAACAAAAAACAAGUGUAAGUUGUAAAAUAAUGGAAAUGUAUAUGCUUAGUCAUUUUGUAUAGUAGAUUUUAAGCAGAUUUGGAGAAAACUGAUUUAAAAUAUUUUAAUUAGAUCCUAAGUAUAUUUUUUAGUUCGAAGGAUUAUUUUUAAAUAAAUAGAAUGCAAUUUUUUCCCUGGAA